AUAAUUUUAUUUCCCAAUUAUAUUGCAAAAUGGUAUUGAAAAAAAUUUAAAAGUGUAACAAAAUAAAAAUCAUUUUCGGUAAUACUUCCAAAUGACACAAAGUUGAGUGCUAGGUUGUUUAAUAAGUGCUACGCAAAUUAAAAACUAAUGGAUCGCUAAAUAUCGAUUUGUACAAGUAAUUUUUCUUCACUGGAAUUUUCAUGGACAGCAAAGGCGCUGUCGAGAGUGUAUAAACAGAGAUUUUUGAUACAUACAUGCCUAUAUAUGUAUAUAACAUAUGAGCAAGCAUAUAUAGUUAAUACAAUUUGUAUGCUUUACGUCGUACAUUGUGCUGACCUCCGUAUUAUCCAAAAAAAAAGCAGUUAAAUAUAUAUUGAUUCAAUUAUUAUAUUAAGACGGAGUUUUGCUGCCGUGUGGAAAACCGGCGGUUUCUACUCCGCACUAAAAAAUAAAAAUAUGAACGGUGUUAAGAUAACAACGAUGUCGCAAACAAAACACAGGAAUCAACAACAACACAUCUAUAAUAUUGGAAGGUUUCAUCACCUUAUAUUUUUUGCUGUGUUAACAAAUCUUUUCGCUGCUAGCUCUCAGGAUUGUAUUUGGUAUGGCGUCUGCAACACUGAUCCCUCGACUCAGCACAAAAUGUAUUGUGCUUACAAUGGCACGGCAAAAGUUAUGCCUGAUAAUGGCUUGGAAUUACUAAAAGCAAGAUGUAGUCAUUUACUUGAUGGUGGAGCUACGGAAUUUUGUUGCAAUAGUGAUCAGAUUUCUGUACUGAACGAGAACAUCAAAUUGGCUGCAAAUUUUCUCGAGCGCUGUCCAUCGUGUAUGGGGAAUCUUGUGCGUCAUUUAUGUGAUUUUACAUGUUCACCGAAACAAUCGGAGUUCGCGAAGGUCGUCACAACUGAUGUGACAGCGGAGGGCAAAAAAUAUGUUACCGCUUUGGAUAUACAUAUAACUGCUGCUUAUUUGAAUAAUACAUAUAAGUCAUGUUCACAGGUCUCCGUACCAUCGACUGGUCAAAAGGCUUUCGAUAUAAUGUGUGGCAGUUAUAUGGCAUCGCGUUGUAGUCCUACAAAAUGGUUUGGUUUUAUGGGUGACCAAGCAUCAAAUCCAUAUGUACCGUUCCAAAUAACUUAUGUCCAACAUGAAAAUAGUUCCUCUAUAAUUGAUGGUUAUACACCAUUAGAUCCAGAAACGACGCCAUGCAAUGAAAAAUUAAACGAUAAAACACCAGCUUGCGGUUGUAGCGAUUGUGAAGCUUCCUGUCCUGUACCCGUACCAGAGCCGCCACGUCCGGAACCGUUUAAAAUUGCCGGCUUUGAUGCAUUCACCGUAAUAAUGACUGUUGUCUUUUGCGUAGGCACAUUACUCUUUCUCAUGGGCGUAUGCCUAUUUCCAUCCAAACGAAGUGAACGUGAAGGUUUGGAUAGUGAUCUAUGUAACGCUACAGUUAACAACCGUUUUACUGGACAAGUGAGUAACGAGUUUGCACCUGAGGAGGAUUCCCCACUACAAUCGAAGCUGAGCAAUGAUGACAACGAAGUUGACGGUGCUCAGGGUCCUACUUUGGAUGACUAUGAGACUGGCUAUUUUGAAAAUCUCGGCGCUAAAACUGAAAAAUAUUUGGAAGCCUUUUUCACCACUUGGGGCAAAUUUUUUGCUCGCCGCCCCAAGCUGACGCUAAUUGGUGGCAUUUGUUUUGUCAUUAUUAUGGGUUAUGGUAUUAAAUAUCUACACAUAACUACUGAUCCAGUGCAGUUGUGGGCUUCACCACAAUCCAAAUCACGCAUUGAGCGAGAAUUUUUCGAUUCACAAUUUCAACCAUUCUAUCGAUUGGAGCAGGUUAUCAUCCAUGCUGUCGAUUUACCCGAUAUAGUCCACAACACCUCUAAUGGCCCACUAAAUUUUGGCCCAGUUUUCGACAAAACUUUUCUAACUCAAGUCUUAGAAUUACAAGAAGAGAUCAUGAAUUUGGGUAGAGGUGGUAAUGGUACUGUUUUGGAGGAUAUCUGCUUUGCGCCCUUAACCAGUGAGGGUGGUGGAAAGAAGGAUGUUUCUAAAUGUAUUGUACAAUCGCUAUGGGGAUAUUUCGGUAAUGAUUUGGAACGUUUAGAUGAAACCGAUGAAGAUGGCAAUUUUGAGGUCACAUAUUUGGAUGGCUUGUAUCAGUGUAUGAAUAAUCCGUAUCUUUGCCUAGCGCCGUACGGCGGUCCAGUAGACCCAGCUGUUGCUUUAGGUGGUUUCUUGCCUCCUGGUGAGCAAUUAUCUGGCGAAACGAAAUUCGAACGUGCAAACGCAAUUAUACUCACAUUUUUGGUGAAUAAUCACCAUGAUAAAUCAAAAUUGGGUCCAGCAUUGGAAUGGGAGAAGCGUUAUGUUGACUUUAUGUUGAAUUACACUAAAACACGCAAGAGCAAGCAUAUGGAUAUUGCAUUCACCUCGGAGCGUUCAAUAGAGGAUGAACUGAAUCGCGAAUCUCAAUCUGAUGUUAUGACAAUACUUGUUUCCUAUCUGAUUAUGUUUGCAUACAUAGCCAUUUCUUUGGGUCACGUACAGGAGGUUCGUCGUGCACUAAUCGACAGUAAAAUAACGCUGGGUGUGGGUGGUGUUAUUAUUGUAUUAGCAUCGGUGGUAUCGUCCGUUGGCGUAUUCGGUUACAUUGGUGUGCCAGCAACACUAAUCAUUGUUGAAGUUAUACCUUUUUUGGUGUUGGCUGUGGGCGUUGAUAAUAUCUUUAUUUUGGUACAAACCUAUCAGCGUGAUGCACGACGCGCCGACGAAACACACGAAGAUCACAUUGGUCGUAUUCUGGGACGUGUUGGUCCAUCAAUGCUAUUGACAUCGGUUAGUGAAAGUUGUUGCUUCUUCCUUGGCGGUCUCUCUGAUAUGCCUGCGGUGAGAGCUUUCGCACUCUAUGCCGGCAUGGCAUUACUUUUCGAUUUUAUACUACAAAUAACAUGUUUCGUCAGUCUCCUAACACUUGACACAAAGCGACAGGCUGAAAAUCGCUUAGAUAUCUUCUGUUUCAUACGUGGAAAGAAAAGUGAUACCUUACCACAUACCGAGGGUUUAUUGUAUAAAUUCUUCAAGAGCGUUUAUGUACCGUUCCUAAUGCAAAAGACUAUGCGUGUCAUCGUUAUGAUAAUAUUCUUCGGUUGGCUGUGCAGCAGUGUAGCGAUUGCGCCACGUAUUGAAAUCGGUUUGGAUCAGGAGUUGUCAAUGCCGCAAGAUAGUUUCGUACUACACUAUUUCCAAGCAUUAAAUAAAUAUUUAAGCAUCGGCCCGCCAGUGUAUUUUGUGUUGAAAUCCGGCUUAAACUUCUCCAAGACAUUCCAUCAAGAUCUCGUUUGUUCUGGGAAGUAUUGUAAUGAUGACAGUGUAUUGACACAAAUUUAUCUGGCUAGUCGUCGUGGUAACUUGACAUACAUAGCCCGUCCUGCCUCCAGUUGGAUUGAUGAUUACUUUGAUUGGAGUCAAUCGUCAAGUUGCUGCAAAUACUAUCCGAAGACUGGCGAAUUUUGUCCACAUGAGAAGACUGAAUGUGAUUCCUGCGAAAUUGACAAAACCGACCGGCAACGACCUACAUCGCACGAUUUCGGCAAAUAUUUAACAUUCUUCCUACGUGACAACCCCGACGAUAGUUGUGCCAAAGCCGGACAUGCUGCUUACGGCAACGCUGUACAAUAUAAAACUAAUCCAAGUACAAAUUUAUCAACCGUCGAAGCAUCCUACUUUAUGGCAUACCAUUCCAUAUUGAAAACAUCCGCUGAUUAUUAUGAAUCGCUACGUGCUGCGCGUAAAAUCUCCGCAAAUAUAACAAAUAUGUUGCGUGGCCGUUUAAUGUCACAAGGUGUACCAUUGGAGCAAACACUCGAUGUCGAAGUAUUUCCAUAUUCCGUUUUUUAUGUAUUCUACGAACAGUAUUUAACUAUGUGGCCGGAUACAUUACAAAGCAUGGGCAUAUCUGUGCUGGCAAUAUUUAUUGUUACAUUCGUGCUAAUGGGUUUCGAUAUACACUCAUCACUUGUUGUUGUUAUUACAAUAACAAUGAUUGUUAUAAAUUUGGGUGGCAUAAUGUACUAUUGGAAUAUCUCAUUGAAUGCUGUAUCGUUGGUGAAUCUUGUGAUGGCUGUUGGUAUAUCGGUGGAAUUUUGUUCGCAUUUGGUGCAUAGUUUCUCAAUUUCAAUGGAGAGUACGCGUGAGAAACGCGCAGCAGAUUGUUUAGCCAAAAUGGGUAGUUCGAUAUUCUCCGGCAUAACAUUAACUAAAUUUGGCGGCAUUUUAGUAUUGGCAUUUGCUAAAAGUCAGAUAUUUCAAGUAUUUUAUUUCCGUAUGUAUUUGGGUAUUGUGUUGAUUGGCGCUGCUCAUGGACUCAUAUUCCUGCCGGUGUUGCUCAGCUAUAUUGGUGCACCGAUUAAUAAAGCUAAGCUGGUCUAUUAUCAACGUCAAGCCUAUAAAGUGCAAGAAACUUCGCUAUCUACGACGUGAUGCGAAUCGAUAAUUUAUCAAAGCGACGAUUGUCCGUCAAGUCCAAAAAUCAUCGUCCCAUUAACACAAUCAACAACCAUUUCAACAUUUUUUCACCAAUGCAUUAGUAGGGCGUGUAUUUACCAGGCGGCGGAUGUAUGAAGAUGACGACGAUGACGACGACGACAACGUUAAUUAUAAAGAUGUUGAUGACGAUGAUAAUAGUAAAGUCGAUGAUAUAAGACCGCGACGCCCCAGUCAAAUUAGAAAAUGUAAGCGGAAGUAAAGCAGCGACACUUUAUUUGCACUUGUAACAGUUCAGGAUAUAAAAAAUAGGGUACAAAGGAAAUAUAUAUGCAUGUAUAUUAUUAUUAUUAUUUAAUUUUUUGAUUUUUUCCACCAAAUGCGAUAAUUAAAUUAUACAUAAAAUGAUGUGGAUAAAAAAGAUAAAAUGAAUGAACUCCUUACGGCAGACUUUAUAUAUACACACACACACAUACAAAACAAAGUGUAUAGAAGUUCGGAAAGGCUUUUAUAUAUGUAUAUUGAAGAAA